AGAAGUGUCGGGCAGCACGCAUGACAACAGAAAGCAGCAAAAAAACUAUUUAUCCCGUGAGCAAAACUGCGAGAGGGCUUCACUACCCUAAAGUUUCCCUGAAAUAACCAGAGAGAAAGAGACAGAAAGAAAGAAAGAAAAAGAAAAAACUCGUGGUGGAGAAAGACAUUUUGAAAUCUUCUUCUGUGGAGGAGGAGGAGGAUUUUUCUUUUUCUUUUUUUCCCCCUUUUUUUUUUUUUUGAAAAGGUGAAAAAGCAAAAAAGGGACCGGGCUGUGGCGUCGAACAAGUUCGUCUGUGGAAGAAUCCAAAAACGCACAAGAGGAGUAGAGAAUAAGUUUAUUCGGCUGCACAAGAAGACGCGUUUAGUGUGUCAGACACGCUCACAGACAAGACAAGAAUCAUCCUCCUCGGGUUAUUACUGCUGAUAUCAGGCUGUAAUAUUCCCAGACCAAUACAAGUGUCCUGGAGAAGCCUCGCAGAGGACGCUGAGUGUUGGAUGAAGUUUUUCUGACAGUGUGGAGCUACUGCUACAGACUGAAUGCAGAGAAAACACUGAACGCUGUUCUCCAGACCUCCCUGCAGCUUCAGGGGAGAUUGUCAGAUGUGUACCCAGCACUCAGAGCCCCUGGCCUGGCCGCGGGGAUGGCAGCCUCUGCCCUGAACCUGAACGGCCUCGGAGUCAUGAGCAGCAGUAAUCAGUUUCACACCCAGCCAGGAUCCUCUAGUACCAGUUCCCGAGUUAGACCCAGCCCGGUCGGCCGACCUGUGCUGCCAGUUCCCGAUCGGACAACCUACAGCCAGUUACUGGGUGGGGGAACGCUGAGUGGAGGUCUCUACAGUCCAACCAGCCCCAAGACGAGCCCUCGGUCGCCGGGUCGAACCUUUGUCUUCCCCCCUUCAUCCUCACUCUCCCCCAGCUCCACCACUCGUGCUCGCUCCCCUUCCCCGAGAAGCCCGGAGCUCCUGGGAGUCAAUGUGGGCCAGCGGGUUCGACGACUGAGCUCACCCAGCGGUGAGGAGAGCGGGGAAGGAGAGGGGUCGGAGGAGAGGGGAGGAGAGACGGGAGGAGGAGGAGGAGAGAGGCGAGAGGACAGGAGACGUCAGGCACAGCUGCUGCAGAUUCACAGAGAACUGCAGAACGUUGAGGUCAGGGGAAAAGUGGGCAUUUUCGAGGCCCACAUAUCCGGGAUUCGUGCCCAGGUGCUGAACAACGAGCUCCAACGCAGCCCUCGGUCUCCAAGACGAUCGCCUAGCCAAGCCCCUUCCCAUCCCAGCCAACAAAACACAACAGGCCCUGAAUGCCCAAUGACCCAACCGCAAGAGACUAAAGUUCCUCUAGUUGUCCAGAAUGGAAGAGAAAGACAGGAUGAAACAGUGGAAAGAGAAAGACAGGAUGAAACAGUGGAAGGAGAAAGGAGAGAAGGUGAGAAGGACAGCAGCGCUAAUGAAGAAAACACGGAAAACAAGACACUGAUUGGUCAUAAUGGCUGCCAUUCAGAAACAACAAUGCAAACUCCCUGUUUAGAUGGACUGGUUGAUGUUCGGGGUUCCCUUGAGACAUUAGACCCAGAUGCAAUAAUAGACAGAGAGAGAAAAGAGGGAGAACGGCUGAGAGAAAUGGAAGGAGAAAAAGACAGAGGGGAGAAAGAAAGCAAACAAAUGCUGGGAGACAAAAGAGAACGGACUGUGAGAGACGUGACAGGUGAGAAAGAGGACCAGUUGUGUCCUGAUAUGCUGCUCCAGACAGACUCAGACUGGUUGAAGGUUUACCCAGAAACCUCUGCUUUACCUCAAAGCAGUGAGAGCUCCCCUUCUUUGCUGGACAUCGCUGAUCACACUUCCAACCACUCUGCCUCCAUCCCUCCCUCCAUCCCUGCAGUCAUAAUAACUGACCACGGUUUGGAAAACCAGCCUCAAACCUCUGAAGGCCAAGGCUCAGACCAGGGACUAUACUGCCCCCCUAGCCCCAGUUCUAGCCCCAUCCCCGGCCCAAACUCCUCCACCCGUUCCCUCAGAAAGCUGUCGUCCUCCUCGGCCUCCUCGGCUGGUUUCUCUUCAUCUUGGGAGGAGUCGGAGGAGGAUAUUUCCAGUGAUACAGAGAAAGGGGAGCAACUUCUCAACCCGGCACUCCUCAGUUCUCAACAGAAAGCACACAAGUCCUGGAAGAAAAUCAAGAACAUGGUCCACUGGUCGCCAUUUGUCAUGUCCUUCAAGAAGAAAUAUCCCUGGAUACAACUGGCUGGACAUGCAGGGAGCUUCAAGGCAGGAGCCAAUGGCCGCAUUUUAAAAAAACACUGUGAAUGUGAGCAGCGCUGUUUGUCGCUCCUGAUGAGGGACGUGCUGCGCCCCUAUGUCCCUGGUUACCAUGGAGAUGUAGAGAAGGACGGCCAGAAAUACAACCAGAUGGAGGAUCUGCUGGCUGAGUUCGACUUCCCGUGUGUGAUGGACUGUAAGAUGGGAGUGAGGACCUACCUCGAGGAAGAGUUGACCAAGGCUCGUAAGAAGCCUUCUCCUAGACCGGAUAUGUAUCAGAAAAUGAUUGAGGUUGACCCUAAUGCACCGAUGCCAGAGGAGAAUGACAAGAAAGCAGUGACCAAGCCCAGAUACAUGCAGUGGAGAGAGACCAUAAGCUCAACAGCCACCCUGGGAUUUAGGAUAGAGGGAGUCAAGAAAGAGGACGGGACGGUGAACAGAGAUUUUAAGAAGACGAAGACGAGAGAGCAAGUCACUGCAGCCUUCCAGGACUUUGUCAAAGGAAAGAAGGAUAUACUGAACGGUUAUUUAGCCAGGCUGAAGGAAAUCAGAGACACUCUGGAGAUGUCCUCGUUCUUCAAAACCCACGAGGUGAUUGGCAGCUCCUUGUUAUUCGUUCAUGACAGUAAAGGACGAGCCAAGGUCUGGAUGAUUGACUUUGGGAAAACCACCCCUCUUCCCGAUGGAGAUGAACUGACCCACCGAGCGUUGUGGUGUGAAGGGAACAGAGAGGAUGGCUACCUUUGUGGACUUGAUAGUUUGGUGGACAUCAUUUCAACCAUGGUGAACUCUGAGACUUGAAGUCUGAGGAGUUUCUUAAUCAAAGUGAACAUUUGGACACACAACCACUUCCACACUGUCUUUAUUUCUCUGGUGAACACUUUGGACUUCCUAAAGGACAUCUUCUCAGAUGCAUGUUGGAAACCGCAUCAAUUUCGUAACAAUGCUUGGAUGCCAUCUCUUGUUUCAUGUUCAGUGGAAGUUCAAGAGCAAGAUUUUCACCAUUCAUAACCUUCUUAUUGUCUUCAACCUUUUAAAGGGCAGUGCGGAAUAGGCCUUUUUCACAGGAGACAUUUUAACUUGUAAUAGCAGGGACAGCACAGGUGUUACUAAUAACAUUACAAGGGCUCAGUUACAUUAAGGGUCCGUUGUGACACAUACUAUUUAGUAUGCCAGAAACAGAUUCAGUGUGUUCCAAUACACAGUGUGUCAAAUGCAGUAUGCCAAAAGUACCAGGAUGUCCUACUACAUCUGGAUGCAUUUUGCAGUAAGCAACCCAUCAUGCUUUUCUGGCUAUUCUGACCCAUAAUCUUCUGCACAGUGGAAGACGGGUCACAUCGACUGAGCGGCUGAGAAAGAAUAGACCAAUGACAGAAUAUUGCAAUGAUAGAGACUGCAAUGGCAGAUGAAGUAGUAUAUCCUGACUGUAUGUAUACUGCAUGCAAAUUACAUGCAACAGAAAAUAGUUUGUAAGGGCAGCUGCAGUUUGUACUAAAAGUCAAAAAUAGAAGUAUGUGAUUCAGAACACAAGUGUUCUGAAUAACAUUACCUACUGAGACAUGACAAGUGUCUCAGUAGGCCAUAGGCCAGCAUGCACCAUAUUACUGAUAUUAUUAAUUACACCUGUGCUUUUCCUCUAAUACGAUGUCAAAAUGCCUGCUGAAAAAGGUCUGUUUUUACAUGCAUUAUACCCUUUCUACUGAAAUAAUUCUACAUUAAAUACCAGAAAACAUACAUUGCUCAAUCCAAAUUAAGGGAGAAGGCUGGGGAUAUUCUGUAUUUUUGUUACUGUUUUAAAAAAAUCACCUGAAAAGACCAAUACUAUCAAUGUUUUAAUUCAGGUUAUACAUAUAAAGAUUUUUUUUAAACUAAAAAAAAAUAAUAAUAAUUAUCUUUAACAGCUGAGCACUUUAACAUUACUCAAACAGGAGUAAGGAGUGCAGAGACCUUUUAAUGGUAUACAUUUAUUAUUGGUUUUGAUAUUUUCAUGGGAUUUGUUGAUGAUAAUAAGGAAAAUACAGAUCCCCUGACCACUAUAUUAAAGCCACUAUAUUAGGAAUUUUCUGGUAGUUUUGUUAAGAUAUGUUUGACUAAUUUCUUCUAGAAAAAAGCACGUAAACAGUAAUAAUUAGCCAUUAUAGUUUGAAAGAUGCUAUAUUCACAUAGAAAGUAUACAAAUAUAUAGAUCUAAACAUGCAGAAAUUCAAAACUUGACAUUGCCAAUUGUUUGUCUUGUUCCCAGCUCCUUUAGACUCUAAUAGAGAUAUAAUAGAACAAUUUAUCUCUGAUUCUCAUUUGAAUCAGAGUGAAAUUGUAUUUCUUACUCAACAAAUCUGAACUCCAUUUUAUUGUUGUUUUUUUUCCCAGUUUGAUCACAACUGCAAAAACAUGUUUGCAUUUAAUUACAUUCCCACUGUUGGGAGAUUGUACAAUUCUGUGUGUUUUUAAAUCAUCAAAACAUUAUUUUAAUUGUGGUUUUUGAUGGAAAACAAAUCUAGCCUUUUAGCAGUUUUUCACAUCUGUUUGAGCGUUCACACUCAGAGCUGUAGACAGAGUUUAAAGACUGUACUGUAGGUUGGUUAUUGAGGUUUUCAGUGGCAGCCAUGUUUGCCCCACAAUAAUCUGGCUUUAACUGGCAGUGAGGUGGAGCUACAUUAUAAAGGAGUUACAGGAGUUAAAUUAUGGAGGGCAUUCUUUCAUAUGUGACAUAUUUGCAGCUAACAUGGCGUCCAUAGUGCUUCCCUAGCCAAACACUUGUCACCCCUCUCACACUUUGUUGGUGUGAUUGUUCACAAUGUACAGAAAGUUAGCGUUAUUAUGUAGUUUUUUUUUUGUAUUGUUUUGUAACAUAGUUUUAGUGUACUCAAACCCUGUGGAACACUUACAGCCAUGAACAAUCGUAUUUAAGCUAUACAGUGCCUUGACAUUACAAAGCCAAGUCAGACAACUGAAAAUAUGCUCUUACUUUUAAAUGUUACUAUGGAUUUCUGCUAGUUUUAACUGUCUGUUUCUUCCUUUAGAGUCUUACAUGGGUGCAUGUUUAUUAUCCUCUUAAAGUCUGGUGGUUCACUCUGUUUUAUUUAUAACAUUAUAUUAGGUUUUUUUCUGCUUCAUGGGAUAGACUGUGACAUUUUGAACUUGUGGGCUGUUCUGUUGUUUUGUCUCCAAGCAUGUGUUACAACAUGAGGGAAAGUCAAACUGUUGUGCAGCUGGCUGACACUGUGGACAUCCCAUAUUCAAACUGGAGGAUACGGCUAAAAAAAAGAAGAUUGAUGCUAUUCAGCUAACGCAUUAAUUUUGGCAGGAAAUUCCAGCUGUUAUCUAAACUUUGGAUGGGCAGAGGAGGGAGAAGGACAAAAAACUUCUACUUUUCAUUGAUGAUCGAUGAAACUCAACAGUUUGUUUUUCUCUACCAUAUAUUUAAAAUGCCAUAGUGUCCAGUUGGUGUUUGCACUGAUGGUAGACGUAGAAAGAGACUGAUUGCAAUUCCAUGCAGUGCCUUCUUAAAGAAAAACUUCUGCAUUUUGAGAAAUGCACUUUUUCGCUUUGUUUGAGAGCGUUAGAUGAGAAGAUUGACACCAUUCAUGUCUCUAUGAUAAAUAUGAAGCAUUCGCUAGUAGCCGGAAAGAUUAUUUAGCACAAAAAUUGGAAACUGGCAGACUUAAUUAGUUAAUUAACAUUCUGUAUCUAGUUUGUUUGAUCAACACAUUUUAUUACAGUUUUUAUACAGAUUACACAAACAAGAUAUAAUUGUUGUGUGUUACCAUGGGACAGAGUCAGGUUAUCCCCAGUCUUUAUGCUAAACUAAGCUAACCAGCUGAUGGCUUUAAUGUAUAGUUGUGAAAAUACUAUUGAUCUUCUCAUGUUACUAACUCGCAGCAAGGAAGCGAAUAAGGGUAUUUCCGAAAAUGCUGAACGUUCCUGUAAGACCAACCAUCUUAGCUUUUGCUUAUGCUCCCAAAUGUGCACUUACAGCUGUUUGUUAGUAGGUAUCAUGUUUGUUCUGGUUUUGCUGGCUUGUGUAUUUAUUUGGAUUGUUCCUUUUAAAAAAUGUGUGUAUUUGGUGAACAAAAAACAAACAUACAA